AUUUCAUCUACUCUUUCAUGUCCAUUCUUCUAUCGCUCAGCAGGCAAUGUUGUCGCGGCAACGUAAACUCUAUCCUACUCAGCCGGCCUUUUACACAAACCUUCGUUGUCCAAGCUCGUGACAAGAAGCAGUCAAAAAUUCGAACGCCGUCCAAGAAAGCUUUAGCCGCAAAGCAGAAGAGAAGGGCUGCAAAAGCUGCACUCAAGCAGGGCAAAUUAGAACAAUUGUCACUUCUCGAUGCCAUUUCGACGCUACGCGCAACAGAGGUUGCUUCACCGAAGGCCAUGUAUGAGCUAUAUGUUAAGACGGAAAUGGGCAGCGGUGUAGCAGUGCCUAAGGGUCGUUUCAAACUGCCUAAAGAAGCGAAGGCGCGUGCCGAGGAAACAGUCCUUGUAUUCGCUGAGGGCAGACAAGCAGAGGAGGCAAAGAAGGCUGGUGCCCAUAUAGUCGGCGGUAUCGAGCUUAUUGAAGGUAUACUCAAUAACCGUAUUCGAGCUUCGACGUAUCUUUGCACUACUUCCUUGAUUCGAGCUAUAACACCUCGACUGGGACGUUUCCUCGGUCAACAAGGUCUUAUGCCUUCGGAGCGACGUGGCACUGUCACGGAUGACAUCGCAGGAUACAUCGAACGUAUCCAAGGUACUAGUGAAUGGAAGGCUGACAAAACCGGGAAUAUUCAUAUGCCUAUAGGCUCGAUGCAUUUCUCUGCCGACGAGGUUGUACGGAAUUUCAGACACUUCAUGGCCUCUGUCAAAAAGGCAACAGGAAACAUCAAAGACAAUCGGCAGAAAGAAACUAAAAAACCAGUGGUCAUCAGCAAGGUUCUACUUAGCUCAACUAGAGGCCCUGGUAUUCGUAUAGCAGAUUAUUAACCGUUAAUAAGUAUACGCACAAUCUUCCAUGUGUAGUAGUGAUAAAUUUGAGUAGAGGGUGGUUACUUAAACACUGUCGUUCUCGAGCCCUUGCGAAAUCCUAUCCCUUCUCGACUUUUUCCUGUUCUCCUUGAUAUUCUCCGAAAGGGCUUCGUAGCUUAUCCGGGUCUGUUCCUCGACAGUUCGACGCUUGCCAAUGUCUGCCCCUCUCACUGGGCCAAUGCUACCGUCGCGCUUUGCUCGGCGAGGCUGAUAGCGCUCCUGCGGUGGAUUCUUAGGCUCGUGUGGAAAUAAAUCACCCCAACUCGACUUUCGUGCAUCAUAAUACGGUUGCUUUCCUUGAGAUCUUGGGACUGUCAGGCGCAUUAUUUUCCCUUUGAAAUUGUGAGCGUUCAGUGCGAUUGGGCGUAUAGAUGAGGUACCUUCCGGUGUACAAGCAUCAAG